AUGACAAGCUCCCUGCUCUCCACUACCCUGGUAGUGCUCCUCGCUGGACAGGUGAUGCCGAUCCAUCCAGAAUGUUCCAUCUUCCAGAAACUCCAUGAUGACGAGGUGAGGUGCCUGCGGAACGUGAGGAACGAGAGCCUCAGCUCAGGGUGUCCCAGCCUGUGGGACGGGCUGAGUUGCUGGCCGGAGGGAACGGUCAACGAAACGGUCAGCGGGCAAUGCCCGGAAUUCCUCCAGCUGUUCGGGAAGCAGCAAGUCGAGAUUCAGAGGAACUGCACAGCUCUCGGCUGGAGUGACCCAGUCCCCCCUUACCAUGUGGCCUGUCACAUCGAGGACCUCGGGGAGAUUCCCCAAUCCCAGAGUCAGUACCUGGCUACGCUGAAGGUUCUCUACACCACAGGCCAUGUCGUCUCACUCAUCGCUCUCAUUACCGCCAUCAGCAUCUUCUGUCUCUUCAGGAAGCUGCACUGCACCAGGAACUACAUCCACAUCCACCUCUUCACCUCCUUCGUCCUUCGCGUCACCAGCAUCUUCAUCAAGGACGUGGUGCUCUUUGCCGACGAGGACAUUAACCACUGCACCAUCUCCACGGUGACCUGCAAGUGGGCAGUCAGCCUGUCGCAGUUCUGUGUGUUGGCUAACUUCUCCUGGCUGCUGGUGGAGGGUUUGUACCUGCAGACGCUGCUGGCGUUGACGUUCGUCUCCGACAGGAGAUAUUUCUGGUGGUUCAUCGGCAUCGGCUGGGGGUUCCCGUCCGUCACCGUCACCGUGUGGAUCGCGGUGAAGCUGCAGUUUGACAACCAGGGGUGCUGGGAUAACUACGACAACGCUUAUCGUUGGGUGAUCAAGGCUUCGAUCCUGGUCACCAUCUUUGUGACCUUCCUGAUCUUCCUGAACGUCAUCAGGAUUCUGAUCCACAAGAUUUGCUCCGGACGUCUGGGAGGUGUGGACAGACAGCAGUGUUUGCGACUGGCCAAGUCCACGCUGCUGCUGAUCCCGCUGUUCGGGGUCCACUACGUGGUCUUCGCCCUCGUCCCCGAGCGGGUGGGCCUCCACGCCAGGCUCUGCUUCGAGCUGGUGCUCGGCUCGCUGCAGGGUUUUAUCAUCGCUCUCCUUUACUGCUUCUUAAACUCAGAGGUUCAGGCUGAGCUGCGGAGACGCUGGUGCAAGCGGAAAACCUCCGGCGCGGAGAACAACGGCUUCAACCUGGUGACGCAGGAUUUCACCGCGUGAGGAGACGGACACCGCGGACCGCGGAAAAUUCCCCAAAUCCAGG